AGCGUCUAACCUAAACAACAACAAACAAGAUCUGAUUCAAGUGAUAUACUUAAGUUUAACGUAAUCAAGGUUUUAUUCUUCUUUCCGAUGCGCAGUAAGAUCUUUCAGCAAAAAUGAUGACCAAAACUCAAGGUGAAAAUACAAACGGAAUUCAAAAUGCACCUAAGAGAUGGGUUUUCAUAAUCCUUAUCGUGUUGGUCAUUCUGGAGUUGUUCGCUCUGCUGGUUCUUGUUGCAAUCUGGCGAGAUCAAAGAGAUGAACAGUUGGAACCUACACAACAGCAAAUGUGUUACCCACGGGUCAAGUUAAACAAAGUUGAUGAUGAUACAGAUUGUCCGGAGGGACACGUGUCUAAAUUUGAUGAAGCAAAGAAUGAAACAACCUGUUGUGGAAAACUGAGUGAAGUUUUAAAUUUGAUCUUGAAUAAGAAUGUGUUUGACAGAUAUAACAGCAAAAUAAAUCCAGAAAUAAGAACAUAUAACCCAGAGGCGUUUAACUGUAAGGCAGCAAAUCCAGAUUUGUCAGUAACAAGACUAACUUUGGCACAAGACAAGAAAUCAGUUCCUGUAGAUUCGGCUCAUAAAUUGUAUUGGGAAAGUGACCCUUCGUUGUCUAAAAUUUCUGGAUUAAGGUAUUUGGUAGAAGAUGGUCAAGUGUUUGUUGAGCAAACUGAAAUAUACCAUAUUUUGUUACAGCUAAAAUUAAAUAUGAGCAAAACCACGAGUGUAUUGGAUGAAAAAAUAAGGCAUAAAGUACAUUUUAUAUCUGAUAGCGGUGCGUCAGCAGUUCUGCUGGAAGAUGUGACGUCACCAUGCACAAUGAGGUCACAUUCUGCAACAGAGAAAGCCAGCGUUGUUGAAGCCGUGUUUCGGCUUAAAUAUGGCGAUCGACUUUAUGUGACUACAACACAUCCUGAAAGUAUAUUGACUGAUCCACACAAUAGUCAUUUUAGUAUAUACAGAGUUUAAGUGCCAAUGGUUCUAUAUUGGAUAAAUAUCUCAUUUGUGAUGAUUAAUGUUAAGAGUAGAUCUAUAUCUGAUAAUUCUAGAUCUACUAAUUCAUGCACAUUGUAGAUAUUCUAAAUCAUCAUAAAAACGACGUACAAUGAAAUUGUGAAGUGUGUGAAGUGACGUAUUAAUUAUGUACGAUAUAUCUACUACAAUAAAACAAUUAUGCAUAUAAAACUGAUGAUUUUUAAUUUUCAUAAAAUACAGAUACCGUAUAUAAGCAUACUUGGAGAUCUAAACAAAAUUCAGCGAUUGAUUUUUUGUUGAUCAAAAGUGGAAGUAUAUUGAUUACUGUUGAUAAAAGAAUUAUAAGAUCUACAUCAAUUAUUUAAAUUUACAUUGUUUUCUUUAUUAAUCAUAUCAAUAAUUCAAGAAAAAUGAAUAAAAAACAAAGACAUAGUGAUGAUUUCACGCUUGAAAUGUCAGUUAUAUACAAUUGGGAGAAAUCUGCGUCUUUUGACAGAAAAACAAAUUCUGGGAUUGAAAAAAAAUCAAACAAAAAACUUAAUUUCAUUUCAUUUUGGCUGACAUGGUAGAUCGAGCAAAGAAAAUCGAAAAGCAGUCUAAACUUAAAGCCUGAAUAGAGGCAGCAGCGACAUUUGGUCAACAAUAGUCCUUAUAGUACUUAGCUGAUCAAGCAGACAAGCUAAGAAAAGGAUGGUUCACCAUGUGACCAAAGUAACAUUUAUAAGGUCCCGCAGAAAGCAAAGGAGAACGCGGACCUUAUCAACAAUGAGGGAAACGAUAUAUCGCCUGACAAAUCGGCUGUGGCCAUAUUUACAUUUUCAAAAUACAUCUGAUUCAGUGGAAAAUCAAAUGCUUGUAUCAAUAGGCCUUCUGAAAUUGUAACUUUGAAAAAAGUUUGAAUAUUUUGUCAAUAUGUUGUAGACUUUCAUCGCAUUUU